AUUCUUCAGGUUUUUUGUUCUUGUUUUGGAUCAAACAUGCUGUUUCCUGGGACAUUCUUUUAUAAUUUCCUGUUGUUCCUCUUGUUUUAUAACUGGUUUCUCUCCAGUUUCCCCCUAACUGUUUUCAGUACACAGACACCAGAAUACUAAAGUUUUGCCAUUUUGACCUUCUGAACAUUGCUGUAUUUUUCUAAUUUCUCCUUUUUUCUGGCUCAGAUCUCUAUCUUCUGAGAUCUGGAACGGUCAAGUCUUGGCCCAAGACUUAAAAAAAGACUUAAAAAUUAAUCCCAAGAGCCCACAAUGAUCACAUAAAAUCCCAGCCCUCCCUGUUUUUGUUUACUCUCCUGUUAGUCAAAUCACUCUUGUCUUUGUUUCUCAGAUGGAAAAACUGAGGCCUGAAGAAGCCAUUUCUUUUCCUGAGCAGAGUCAGUCAUUCCUAGAACUUAGAACAGAAUGCAGGAAUUUGCUUCAGUCCUGCUCUGAAAAUACAGUGUAUUUCCUAUCUUUGCCCGUAGUUUUCUGCAUCUUUGUCUUCCUCUUCUCUGACUCUUCCUCAGACUCAGACCCCUUUCUAUAUUUAACCUCUGCACAAUGCACCUGGGUAUCCCACUGAUCCAGAUCAGACAGCUGCAGCAUUAGACAGCAGAUUGUCUUUGUGUGUGUCCUUACAGUUUUGUCCAGGCCAGCACCAGCAGGCUUGGUCCCUUCGACUCCUGUUCCGCUGUUGUUCGUGAGCCACUGCAGGGCACUUGGCAGUGUUCCCGGGCGAGUGUAUCGUCCUGUGCCUGAGCAUCACCGCUUCCAGGAGCAGUACUAAUGGUGCACUGUCCCUGUCCUGGCAGAUCUUCAUCCGCAGCACGGACUGUGAUCGGACACUGAUGAGUGCAGAGGCCAAUCUGGCAGGCCUCUAUCCGCCAGGAGGACAAGAGAUGUUCAACCCUAACAUCUCCUGGCAGCCUAUCCCUGUGCACACAGUGCCUGAAUCUGAUGAAAGGCUACUGAAGUUCCCUUUGACCCCUUGUCCACGGUAUGAACAGCUACAGACUGAAACACGACACUCAGCAGAAUACAUAAAUAAGACCAAAGAGAAUUGGCAAUUCCUGCAGAUGGUGGCAAAGGAGACUGGGAUCCGGGAUGUCUCUCUUGAGAGUAUAUGGAGUGUGUAUGAUACACUGUUCUGUGAACAAGCACACAAAAUGGAUUUGCCUGGAUGGGUGACUCCAGAUGUCAUGACUCAGUUGAAGGAACUAAAAGACUUUGGUUUUGAAUUUCUGUUUGGGAUCCACAAUCGGGUAGAAAAAGCCCGUCUGCAAGGGGUCCUGCUGGAUCACAUAAGGAAAAAUCUAACCAAAGCAGCAAAUGUUACUGCCCAUCAGAACCUAAAAUUACUUGCCUAUUCAGCGCAUGACACCACACUUGUGGCACUGCAGAUGGCUCUAGAUGUCUACAACGAGAUCCAAGCACCAUACGCCUCAUGUCAUUUAUUUGAACUGUACCAAGAGGAUGAUGGUAACUUCUCCGUGGAGAUGUUUUACCGGAAUGAGAGUGGAAAGGAACCCUUCCCACUGACAAUCCCUGGCUGUCAGCAUAAAUGCCCAUUGCAAAGAUUCUUGGAACUCACAGAUCCUGUUGUUCCCCAGGACUGGGAGCAAGAAUGCAAGGUAUCAAGCAGCAUGCACGACACAGAACUCUUUGUGGGUUUGGCUGUGUGUGGAUCCAUUCUCCUUCUCCUCAUUAUUCUCCUCUUGACUGUACUCUUUCGCAUACAGUCCCAGCCCCCUGGCUACCGGCACGUUUCCAACGAAGGAGAAGAGCAGGCCUGACAGUUGCUUCAACUCCUUCCCAGGCAGUAGGAGGGAGCUGUGAUGCCCCUUAGGAUGAUUGGGCACCUUCAGCUAAUCAGCAUUUUUCUAUUUUGGCCUUUGCUUGCCAGAACAAAGCUGGACUUGAUUUCUGGAUGUUUUCUAAAGGUGACCUUCUUUAGAAAGAACUGAGUAAAAGAACUGAGCUACUCUAAGGAAACGACACCUUAACUUUGAAGCCAAUACACUGUGUGGUGCCCCGGUCCUCAUACACCUUACCCAGUCUGGGAUUCCCAACAUGGCCAGUUUCAAGUUUUCCUGCUUUCAAGUGACUGUAAACAUCACCACUCACCAUGACUGUGGCAGAGAAGCUUGGACCUCCAGCAGCUGCCACAUCCAGUUGUUUCUCUUCAGAAUCAACCUACUUUGAGUGCAUGUCCCUCACACCAUAGGGCUGCUGAUGGUGGAAAGGCUGGGCUCGAGCUGAGGGUGCAGCUCACCAGCAGUGCACUAAGACUCAUCUGCUGUCCAUGCAGAGGGAACUGCUGCAGAUGGUGGGAAACAUGUAAAGUGUUUCUUGAGGUUGCUGUCAAGUAGUUUAGUUGUUGCUGGCAACUGGUGUUUUUUCUCCUCUUCACACUGUGGUUCAAGGGAGGACUAUUGAAAUCAGGACAAGACUGAAAACCUAGCAGUUUUCAAUCAAUCCUAGGAUUUGGCUCAGAGUAGAAUCAGAGUAGAACCCAAAGAAGCUCUAAGACCUUCAUGAAAGAGCAGUUCCUGUGACUGAAGUAAUUGUUGUGCAAUGUUUGCUCUAGAAAAGAAGGUCCCCCUAGAUAAGAAACUUGGUUUCUGUCUAAUGAUCCUAAGUUUAAAUUUUACUUCCCACAUCUGAACUUCAAGGACCUAUUAAAGGGUGUAUCCAGUACUCCAGGCAGUCCAGAUUUCAGCCCAAGGAAUAUACUUUAUUAGCAGAAUGUUUUUAUGCUGUAAUUAAGAGAUGUAGCAGAGCUGUUGACCCAAGACUUAGAUUAAGUGCCAAGUUCUAUAGUUUUUCUUCUUAUCUUCCCUACUGGAUGGACAACAAACAAACAUUAAGGAUCAGAGUUGGCAGGUGACUGUGGACUCCUUUAUUUGUCACACUUGAGCAUUUUGUCCAAAGUGUGAUUCUUUCUCCAGCGUCUCUGCGCACUGCAGCUGCUGCAGAGACCAGUGUUCACCACCUGCCUUCUAGUUUUUGGCAGAAAAUGAGAGACUGCAGCAGGCACCAGAAGCACAGGCUCUUCACAUGGUGAUACUGCACAUUCACUUCCUACUUUUACUUCCUUUUCUGAUGCAGUUCCCUUCCCCUCUUGGAUGCAGAAGCCAGUUUCUUAGGUUACAAACAUUUCCUUUUGUUUCCCCUAAGGAGUACCAUGGGGACUUUUCUCCACACCGUAAUCAGCAUCUGCCAGCAUGGGAACCCUAAAUCAGCAGAAGCAGCUUGCUGUUCUCAGCAUCUUCCUCACCUUUUUGUCCUCUGAAGAUACAUACUAGGUCUCCUACAGAGCAAGAUAGUCAUAAAGAAAAAACUACUGCCUGUGAGAAUAGGCACAAGAAAGAGGUAAUAGAAAGUGCAUUUAAGAGGACCUGUUAUUUUUAAAGGCACCAAAUUUUGCAUACACACAGAAAAGGUUUCUAUGAUGAUUUAGACAUUUUGACUGUGAAUGACUUUCUGUACUUGUUCCAAUACAUUUCAUUAUUAAAAUCAAUUUCGCACUGAA